GUAAAAUCAGAAACUAAGGAAGAAAAGAAUGAGACUUUAAAGAUUCAAAAUGAAAUUAGAAUGAAAGAUUCCGCUGAAGUUUCUGAAAAUGAGUCUGAAGAAGAUAAACAAGAUAAAGUAUCAAAAAAGAAGCUAAAAAAAAUGAAUAGAUUAAGUGUCGCCCAAUUAAAGCAAUUGGUUAAGAGACCGGAAGUUGUUGAGUGGGUUGAUGUAACAGCCGCGGAUCCAAAACUUCUAGUUAGCCUCAAAGCUUAUAGAAAUACGGUACCCGUUCCUCAACAUUGGUCUCAAAAAAGAAAAUACCUUCAAGGAAAAAGAGGAAUUGAGAAACCAGCUUUCGAUCUACCUGAUUUUAUCAAGGAUACUGGCAUUAUGGAAAUGCGUGAAGCAGUUAAAGAAAAAGAAGAUGCUGCAAAAUUGAAACAAAAAACUCGUGAGCGUGUCCAACCAAAAAUGGGUAAACUAGACAUUGAUUAUCAAAAACUGCACGAUGCAUUUUUCAGAUUUCAAUCCAAACCUAAAUUGACAAUUCAUGGAGAAUUAUACUACGAAGGGAAAGAAUUUGAGACUAAACUCAAAGAAAAAAAGCCAGGUCAACUUUCAGAAGAGCUUAAAGCUGCCUUGAAUAUGCCUCCUCUUGCCCCCCCUCCAUGGCUAAUCGCAAUGCAGAGAUAUGGUCCACCACCUAGUUAUCCUAAUUUAAAAAUUCCCGGAUUGAAUUCUCCUAUUCCGGAAGGUGCUCAAUGGGGAUUUCAUCCAGGUGGAUGGGGAAAACCUCCGGUAGAUGAGUACAAUCGUCCACUAUAUGGUGAUGUUUUUGGAACAUAUCAACAAGAAAUCCCCUCAGAUAUUGUCCAGCCAAUUGAGCGGUCACUAUGGGGUGAAUUAGAAGCAGAAGAAGGUGAGGAUGAAAGUUCAUCAACGAAAGCAUUACAAGAAGGUCUUGCCACGCCGAGUGGAAUAUCUAGUGUACCUAGUGGUUUAGAAACACCAGAAUAUAUAGAACUAAGAAAAUUCCAAGCUAGUACAGCAACACAACAAUCGUCUGCAUUGCCUAGCGGGUUAGAGACACCAGAUAUUAUUGAAUUAAGGAAAUAUUCAAAAACCGACGAAGACGAACCAAAACCUUUAUACACAGUGCUUCCACAAAAAGAUACGAAUAUUGCCGGCUUUAUGGGAUCACAACAUGCUUAUGAUUUAUCUGCUGCUGCAACAACUGGAGGUGUUAAAGGCGCAAAGCGAAAAGUUGUUGGAGCUGGUAUCGAUGUAGCACUCGACCCUUCAGAAAUGGCAAAUCUAGAUGAAGAAACAUUAAGGGCUAUAUUUGAAGAAGCACAGCAGGCGAAUAAACCUGAAGGUUCACGUGAAGACUUUUCAGAUUUGGUCGCUGAACAUGCUAGUAAACAAGCAAAAAAGAGACAAAAACUAGCAGAUGCGAAAGCUGCUGCAAGAGAUGCUGGUUCUGGUGGGAGUUCGGCAACUAAGAAAUAUAAAGAUUUCAAAUUUUAA